ACUGAUAGAAAAUAAAUCGAUGACGCGAAAGUGGCGCAUGUGAAAUGUUGUUUGAGAAAAGCAUAUUCAUCUCCUGAUUCCUCUGGUCAGCCUCCCAGGAGUCACUCGUUCCUUUUUCAUUCCCGUGUCAUCAACGGGGAAGAAAAAAAAGACUUCUCUACUGUGCAUAUAAAUUUGCGCGCCUCUGUUUUAUCUCACAGAUCAGAAGAGUGAAUCGAAUUGAUUUUUCUUUCUAUUUAAAUGAAGAACGAAGAAAAGAAGAUAUUAAUUUCAUAAUUUCUUUGUUAAAAUCUUAAUUUAAGAUAAUGAAGGACUUGGAACCUGCAACCUGCCCAAAAAAACCCACCAAAUUAAGAAAUCUUAUACAUAAGACAGAAGCAUUCGAUGUAUUACAUACAAAAUAUGCAGAGAGAACACUAUGUUCUGACCAAGUUUGUCUUGGAAGCAUAAUGGCCUUACCUAAUCAUGGAAUAGAACCACGACCUAAAGAAGAAAUACUCGUUCAUGCGAAAAACUUUCUUGAGCAAUAUUUCGCUUCUAUUAGAAGACUCGGCGGAGAUGCACAUCGUUUACGCUGGGAAAGUAUACAAAAAGAAGUUGCUAUUACUGGUACUUAUCAAUUAACAGAAACAGAACUCGUCUUUGGAGCAAAAUUAGCAUGGCGUAAUGCAGCCCGUUGUAUCGGCCGUAUACAAUGGUCCAAGUUACAGGUUUUUGAUUGUCGCUAUGUUACAACAACCAGUAGUAUGUUCGAAGCUCUAUGUAAUCAUAUUAAAUACAGUACAAACAAAGGAAACAUAAGAUCUGCAAUAACUAUAUUCCCUCAACGAACAGAUGGAAAACACGAUUAUAGAGUAUGGAAUCAGCAAUUAAUUGGGUAUGCUGGUUAUAAGAAUCCAGAUGGUACAAUUACUGGUGAUCCAGCAAAUGUUGAAUUUACAGAACUUUGUAUGAAAUUAGGGUGGAAAGGUGAACGCACACGAUUUGAUAUAUUACCUUUAGUUUUAUCAGCUAAUGGUCAUGAUCCUGAUUAUUUUGAUAUACCUUCCGAACUUGUCCUUGAGGUACCUCUUAGUCAUCCAACAUAUCAAUGGUUUGAAAAAUUAAAUCUCAAAUGGUUUGCUGUCCCUGCUGUAUCAAGUAUGGUUUUUGACUGUGGAGGAUUAGAAUUUACUGCAGCUCCAUUUAAUGGAUGGUAUAUGAGCACAGAGAUUGGUGCAAGAGAUCUAUGUGAUGUUCAACGAUAUAAUUUAUUAGAAAUAAUUGCUACUCACAUGGGACUUGAUACUAGGACAUCCACUUCAUUGUGGAAAGACAAAGCUAUGAUUGAAGCUAAUGUUGCUGUACUACAUAGUUUUCAGAUGAAAAAUGUUACUAUUGUUGAUCAUCAUACCGCUUCUGAAUCUUUUAUGAAACACUAUGAAAACGAAAUGCGUUUAAGAAAUGGCUGUCCUGCAGAUUGGUUAUGGAUAGUACCACCAAUAUCAGGUUCUGCUACUCCCGUCUUUCAUCAAGAAAUGGCACUCUAUCAUCUAAAACCUUCUUAUGAUGCACAGGAUCCAGCAUGGAAAACACACGUUUGGAAAAAAGGUAGAGAUAAAACAUCCGCAUCAAAAAAGCCAAGAAAGAAGUUUCAUUUUAAACAAAUUGCAAGAGCUGUUAAAUUUACAUCAAAAUUAUUUGGGAGAGCAUUAUCUCGAAGAAUAAAGGCAACAGUAUUGUAUGCAACAGAAACUGGAACUUCACAAAUGUAUGCUGAAAAAUUUGGCGAGUUAUUGGGUCACGCUUUUCAUUCUCAAGUCACUUCUAUGGCAAAAUAUGAUAUCAGUAAUAUUGAACACGAAGCAUUACUCUUAGUUAUAACAUCUACUUUUGGAAAUGGUGAUCCUCCAGAAAGUGGAGAGGCAUUUGCUCAAAAUCUAUAUGCUAUGAAAAUGAACGAAGCUUAUGUGAAUGGAGAGAAUAAAAUAAGUUUAGCAGCAUCAAAGUCUUUUAUAAAGGCAAAUAGUCAAACGAAAACAGAUAGUAUUAAAGAGUUGAACAAAUUAGAUUCGCUACGUGGUUCAACAACAGAUUUACAUACAGAAUAUACAUUUGGACCUCUCAGCAAUGUCAGAUUUGCUGUAUUUGCUUUAGGUUCAUCUGCAUAUCCAAAUUUUUGUGCAUUUGGUCGAUAUGUUGACAAUUUAUUAGAUGAAUUAGGUGGAGAACGUUUGAUGCGUCUUGCGCAAGGUGAUGAAUUGUGUGGUCAAGAACAAGCUUUUCGAAAAUGGGCGGCUGAUACGUUCAUGGUCACAUGUGAAACAUUUUGUUUGGAUGAUAAUGAUACAUUGUUAGAAGUUGCUCUAUCAUUAGGAUCUGAAGCAUUGACACCUACAACAGUACGAUUUAUAGAAGCUGAACCACAACCAAUUGCAAGAGCAUUAAGCAAAUGCCACAAUAGAGAUGUUACUGUUUGUACUAUGUUACGAAAGACUAACUUGAAUGGAGAGGAAUCAAAUAGAGCAACAUUACUUUUAGAACUUAAGUAUACAACGAAUGAAGAAAUGUCCUAUAAACCUGGUGAUCAUUUGGGAGUAUUUGCUUGUAAUAGAACAGAAAUUGUUGAAGGAAUCUUACAACGAUUAGAAACGCCAUUCGAUCCAGAUACAUCCAUUGAAUUGCAGAUGCAAAAACAGUCUCAUACACCUCAUGGAAUUGUGAAAACUUGGGUACCACAUGAUAAGUAUUUAUCUAAUUCCUUGAGAGUACUAUUAACACGAUUUCUGGAUGUCACUACACCUCCAACACCAAAUCUUUUAAGAUAUUUCGCAUCCAUAGCUAAAAAUGCGCAAGAGCAAUCGCGGCUUAAUCUUUUAGCUACUGAUUCUGCAACUUAUGAAGAUUGGAGACACUGGAAAUUCCCUAAUUUAUUAGAAGUAUUGGAAGAAUUUCCGUCUGUGAAACCUUUUGCUCCCUUACUUAUUUUACAUCUUACACCAUUGCAACCAAGAUUUUAUAGCAUUUCUUCAUCUCCGCUUGUACAUAAAGGAGAAAUGCAUCUUACAGUAGCAGUCGUACAAUACAAAACAGAAGAUGGAUCUGGUCCAAUUCAUUACGGUGUUUGUUCUAAUUAUUUACGUGAUGUAUUAUAUGGAGAACCCCUUUAUGUAUUUGUACGAAGCGCGCCUAACUUUUAUAUGCCAAAUAAUACCAAGGCACCCAUGAUACUUGUUGGACCUGGCACUGGGAUUGCACCAUUUCGUGGAUUUUGGCAUCAUCGUUGUGCACAAAUAAAGAAACAACGAAAUGAAGAAUUUGGAAAAAUGUGGUUAUUUUUUGGCUGCCGUCAAAGAUGUUUAGAUCUUUAUGCACAAGAAAAGAAAAAGAUGGUAGAUGCUGGUGUUUUGGAUAAAGUUUUCUUAGCAUUGUCUCGUGAAUCUGGUUUACAAAAAACAUAUGUACAAGAUUUAAUUCAAGCUGAAUCAGCUUAUAUUUAUGACAUAUUGAUGCAUCAGCAAGGACAUUUUUAUGUUUGUGGAGAUUGUACAAUGGCUGAAGAUGUUUACCAGACAUUAAAACAAAUUAUUCAAACUCAUGGUCAAAUGACGGAUGAAGAAGUUCAAGCAUAUAUGCUGUCAUUAAGAGACGAAAACCGUUAUCAUGAAGAUAUAUUUGGCAUAACUUUACGGACAGCGGAAGUUCAUAAUCGAUCUCGCAAGGCAGCCAGAAUUAGAAUGGCUGCACAGCCAUAAACCGACAAUGAAAAUA